AUGUUGAUUGAUAUAAUUAUUUCCAAUAUAAGUGUCAGUUUUUGGUGCUUAUGCUUCUUUUUCCUAUCAUGGAAAAUCUUCCGAAUUAUUUAUCCACCGUUUGACUUCCCUAAAAAUAUACCCACUAUUCCAUUUUACGCAGCUUUUGUGAGUUCAUUUCUAGGAUGGGACCAAAAUAAAGUAUACGCCCAUUACUAUCGUGAAAAUUUAGAGAAGUAUGGUGCUGCUAAGAUUUAUUUUGCGUCUAGAUGGAAUAUCUUAGUGACCAAACCUGAAUACCUUGCUCAAAUCUUUAAACAAAAUGAAAUUUUCGAAAAGAGUGGUAAUCAGCACAAAAUUCCAUAUUCUUUACUAGCAGAAUACACUGGUGACAAUAUUAUUAGCACUGGAAAUAAGUACUGGAAACUCUAUCGCAAAGCAGUGACCAAUAGCAUCCAAUUCCCAAAUUUGGAACCCUUGCAAACCAAUGCUACAGUGUUGAUUGAAAAUUUAUCUGCAGCUUCAGAUAACGGAUACUUUCCUAUUGCAGAUAUACUUCAAGCAUACACGUUGAAUAAUGUAGGGGAUUGUGUCAUAGGAACAAACUUCCAUAAAUCUGACAAUUUUGACAUUUCUACCAGCCUCAAAAAGGUCAAACAGGAGAUUUUUCGUCCCUUAUUCCUCAACUUUCCCUUAUUGGACUUACUUCCCUUUCCAAGCAGAAUCCGGGCAAGAAAAUUGGUACGUUCUUUCAAGAGAAAUUAUUGCAACAAGAUUUUGAAUGAGCUAAAUGAGGAGAAUAAAGGAAGGUUGGGACACAACCUUGCAACAUUUUGGAAACAAGGCGAUAUCACUGAAAAACAGUUCCAAGAUAAUGCCAUGAUAGCCAUGAUCGCUGGUCAUGAAAACCCCCAGUUGCUUUUAACAUCUCUCAUAUACGUCAUCGCAAAGUAUCCUGAAAUCCAACGACAAUUAAGAAGUGAGAUGAAUUCCUCCAAUUAUGAUGUUAAAGAGCAAAUUCCAUUAUUGAAAGCAGUUGUAUAUGAGACUAUUAGGCUCUUCCCACCUUUGGGACUAAUAGUUAACAGGAAAACGAGAAAAAAUGUGAUUUUGGGUAACGGUAUAUUUAUUCCGAAAGGUACUUAUGUUGGAUACAACAAUUUCGGGACACAAAGAGACAGGAACUACUGGGGGGAUGAUGCCGACGCCUUUCGUCCAGAACGUUGGGGAAAUGACGGAAAAAAAAUAGAAGAAAAGUACGCUGAGGCUAAGAGCAAGUGCACAUUACCUGCCUUCCACGGAAGAAGUAGGGCUUGCCUAGGUGAGAAAUUUGCUUUAGCAGAAGUAAGGAAGGCCGUGAUUGAGAUAUUGCAAAACUUCGAGAUUAGUCUUGACCCCUCCUGGAAAGAGCAACUCACUCCGGCAGGGCCAAUUUGUCCUUUGAAGUUAUCUGUCAUGCUAAAAAAGGUAUGCUCUGAACACGAGCAUAACAUAUAA